AUGACAAAAUCAACUCCAACCAGCCCUCUCUCCCUCUGCCUCUUCCUCUGUUUCAUCUUCUCGCUUCCAUUUCACGCCUCACCAUCACCGACCACAGAGGCGCAAGCUCUUGUCAAAUGGAAGAACUCUCUCUCUCCUCCUCCUCCACCACCUUCUCUGAGCUCAUGGUCACUCACCAACAUCCCCCAUCUCUGCAACUGGACUGGCAUUGCUUGCAACGGGGGCGGGUUGGUCAUAGAUAUCAGCCUCUCUGGCUCAAGCCUCAACGGCACGCUCGAUGCGCUUGACUUCGCUUCAUUCCCGAACCUGACCCGCUUUGACGUCAGCAACAACAAUCUUGAGGGCCCAAUACCGUCCUUGAUCGGCAAUCUAUCCCAGCUCAGGUUCUUGGACCUGGCGGGAAAUUUCUUCGAAGGGGCGAUUCCUCACUCCAUUGGACAAUUGAGAAAGCUUGAAAAGCUUGAUUUGACCCUAAACGAGUUGACCUCUUCGAUCCCUUCGGAACUCGGGCUCUGUUCUAACCUCACCUUCUUAGCCCUUGCCCAGAAUUCGAUCUCUGGGGAGCUGCCUCUCUCACUGUCCAAUCUGGUUAGAUUGUCAGAAUUUGGAGCUUCAGAGAAUCGCCUGUCUGGUGAGUUACUGCCUGAAUUCUUCACGAAUUGGACCAAACUUAUUUCUUUGCAGCUCCAGAACAAUUUUCUCUCCGGGCAAAUUCCGGCUGAAAUCCGAAGCUUGACCAAGCUCAAUUGCCUCUUCAUGUACAGCAAUUGGCUCUCCGGAAAAAUUCCGCCCGAAAUUGGAAGCCUGACCAAGCUCAAUUACCUCUCCUUGGAAAACAAUUCGCUCUCCGGCCCAAUCCCAGGGAUUGGGAGCCUCAAGAAUUUGCUUCAGUUAGACCUCUCAAUGAACAAUCUCUCCGGGCAAAUUUCAUCCGAAAUCGGAAGCCUGACCAAGCUCAAUUUCGUCAACAUGCGCAGCAAUUUGCUCUCAGGGACUAUUCCUCCGGAGGUCGGGAAUCUCACAUUAUUGACUAAUCUCGACCUCAGCAUGAACCAGUUAUAUGGAGAGGUCCCCGAGACCAUCUCUCGCCUUGCUAACUUACAGUGGAUCUGUUUGUUCACGAACAAUUUCUCGGGAGGAAUACCACGUGAUUUCGGCAAGUACAGCCCUUCUCUUAUGUAUGUUGCCUUUUCAUACAACAGCUUCACUGGAGAACUGCCGCCAGAUUUGUGCAGUGGCUUUGCUCUUCAAUAUCUCAUGAUCGAUGGGAAUAACUUCACGGGGCCGCUGCCCGACUGUUUGAAGAAUUGUUCGUGGCUAACGAGAGUCCGUCUAGAGCACAAUCAGUUGACUGCAGAUAUCAUGAGUGCGUUCGGAGUUUAUCCGAAUCUGGUCUUUAUAAGACUCAGCAACAACCGAUUUGUUGGGAAUCUCACGGCACAAUGGGGAGAGUGCACAAAUCUCACGAAUUUCCAGAUAGAUGGUAACAAAAUUGCCGGUUGCAUCCCCUCAGAGCUUAGAAAGUUGUCUCAGUUGCGUGUCCUGACUUUGUACAACAAUGAAUUGACUGGGAAAAUUCCCGAUGAGAUGGGAAAUCUAGGGGAGUUGUUUAACUUGAACUUGAGCAACAACCAUUUGGUCGGAGAUAUUCCCAUCUCGUUAGGAAACUUAUCGAAGUUAAAUUAUCUUGAUUUGUCGAAAAACGCAAUGAGUGGUAGCAUACCAGAUGAGCUAGCGAAUUGCAAGAAUUUAUUGAGCUUAAACUCGAGGAACAACAAUCUGUCGGGUGUCAUAUCGCUGGAGCUUGGGAACUUAUUUGUGCUACAAAUUCUCCUAGACCUGAGCCACAAUUCAUUAGCGGGAUCAAUUCCAUCCAAUUUAGCAAAGCUUACUAAACUGGAAAAUCUCAAUCUUUCCCAUAACAAUUUCUCGGGUACAAUCCCAGCUGCUCUCACCAGCUUGGUGAGUUUAAGCUCAAUCGACUUAUCGUACAACGAGCUGAUGGGUGCAAUUCCUAGUGGUCGCCUGUUCCAACAAGCACCGGGAAGUGCUUUUAUCGGGAAUCUGGGCUUGUGUGGAAACGUGACGAGAUUAUCUCCUUGUGUGACAAGUAGUAAAUCGACCGACCAUAGGAAAAAAGUCCUGGUUGGGCUUCUCGACGAAAAGCAAGAGAUCAAGCGUCUUAAAGAACACGAGAUAUUUGAGCAGAUCAUAUGGGAAAGGUUAGGGAAGUUCACAUUCAGUGACAUCACCAAGGCCACCAAUGAUUUCAAUGAAGAGUAUUGCAUUGGAAAAGGUGGGUUUGGGAGCGUUUAUAAGGUCGUAUUGGCAAGUGGCCAAAUCGUCGCCGUCAAAAAGCUCAAUGCAUUAGAAUCCGGUAACAUACCAGCGGUCACCGCCAGAGUUUUGAGAAUGAAAUUCGCAUGUUGA